AAAUGCUUGGCUUCCUGUUCCAGGUAGGGUUUGAACAUCCAAAACCCUUUCGACUUCUUCACUCUUCAGCAACGAUAAGCGCGUCGAGUUAAUGGCUAUCACCGCCGCCAGGUCCGUUUUCCGGUCUUCGGCCGUCUGCAAAGCCGCCGCGAGGUUCGCCGCACAGUCUAAAGCUUCCCGCUCAUCUCCGUUCCGCCUCCCCUCCCGAACGCCCCCACUUACCCGCCGAUUCUUUCGCUCCCCUGCUGAAUUGAGUGCGUGUCUGGACUCGAUGCAACCGUACCACACUGCCACUGCUUCAUCGCUGAUGACCUCAAUGCUCACCGCCUCGCGCUGUGGUUUUGGUUGGUUACCGGAAGCUUGCAACGAUGAUGUGUGAUUGGGAGACAAGGAAUAGUAUCUACCCUACACUUGUGUCUGUGGGUCAUGGAAAAUGAAGAAUUGGAGAAGCAUGACUACAAUGUUGAGAGAGAACUAAAUGUUGUUUUUUCAUUGUUUUUUAGAUGUGAAAUCUACUCACCAAUUCACGAGAAUACUCUCACGCUCCAUCUUGCUUUUUGGUUGGCUUUUGUGGACCAUGUGUCGUAAAUGUGUGCUAUCAGCCAUGUAGUUGUGGUGUAUCAAUCAGCUUACUAAUCUUGCCUCAUUCCAUAUAAUUGAAACUGGCUAUUAGAAAUGAAUAAAAUCAUUUUCCCCUCUGCA